CAAAUUCUUCUGGAUACUCUUUUUCCUUCUUCUUUUUUUUUUUUGCGUGUGGCGUACGGCUGCUGGCGUUUUUCUUUCUCCGUGCGCUUUCCAGCUUUAUGGGACGUGAUGUAGCCCCCGCACAGAAGGACGCCUUGUGCCAUAAAGGGAUGUAAAAACCGAAAGGGGGGGACAGUACCAGUGGAUACAAGCGUUUCUCCCGAGACAUCACCGGAUUGUGGAGCCACAGCAGCAGCGCUACAUAAAGGCGAUUUUUAUUUUUUAUUUUUAUUUCUAUUUUCUUCUCUCCUUUUUUUUUGUUUUUCAACCAGGAUAUUGAACGGAGCACUUUGGAUUCGUGGUUCUCUCUCCUCGACCCCUUAUCAAGUCCAAUUCCUCACCUCCCCGGUGCGUAAGGAACGGCUUACCCGACGACCUGAGAGACAGUUCCGAGAGAAAUUUACUUUCAAUCUGCUCAUAUUCGCCGGUCAUUUUUCUAAAUACGCGGAUGCUUUUAUUACCUGGGAUGUGAUAUACGGGAAUUUGCAAGAAGCUGCUUCUCACAACGAGAUUUUGGACGGCAUCUGGAAUCCGAGCAACAGGACUUUGUGGUCUUGCGGGAAGAGUGGCGCGGUGGAGGGAACCGUGCCAUAGAGGAAGCACCCAAUUGGGGCGUUUGCCAGCCAAAGACUGAAGCACUGAACUCAUCUGGGACCUUCGGCAGCGGGCGGUAAGAGGAGGAGGCCAUGUGGACCGCACGCCUGCUAGUCCUCGCCAGCCUCUUCGCACCAGCCGCACUGGCCUUCAGUCGAGCCCCCAUCCCCAUGGCGGUGGUGAGGAGGGAGCUGUCGUGCGAGAGCUACCCCAUCGAGCUGCGCUGCCCGGGCACCGACGUCAUCAUGAUCGAGAGCGCCAACUACGGCCGCACCGACGACAAGAUCUGCGACGCCGACCCGGCGCAGAUGGAGAACACGCGGUGUUACCUGCCGGACGCGUACAAGAUCAUGUCGCAAAG